AUGUCUUCGCAUGGUUAUAAUCCAUCAAAUGUACAUGAAGCACAUUACCUGAAGAUUCAAAUAGUGCUAUUAACCCCCUUCUUUCUGAGAUCACCGCCUAUUUUGUUGACUGCGGCUGUCAAGAAAGUCUUGACAAAUGCUGAACUUAUGUUCGAUUUUCUAGAAGAACGCCAGCGGUUGGCUCCAACAAUCUUCAUUGGCAUCGAGGGAAGUGGUGUAAGUGGUAUAGCAUCAGGUGAAGAUAAAAUAUUACUUGAGAAGUGGGUCUUACAGAGGAAGCCGCAAACGAACUCUGUAAUAGUUUUCGAAGAUAUUUUCUAUAAUACACAAUUUCCACGCAACCAGUGGAUCAGUUAUAAUAGAAAGGGUGAGCCAAAAAUGUUUGCCUCGACAUCACUACUGGAUAUUAAGUAG